AUGGGUGGUGAGUUGUUGCCUUUGGAGAAGUGGGUGGAUGUGGUGGACGCGUGGAAGGAUGCGGCCCGUAGCGGACUGGUGGUCUCUGCCUUUCCCGGGGUGAAGUCGGAGGCGUUGUUUACCCAGACAGACUUCAAGGCGGUGGAGCUGGAUUCGCCCUUGUUUCGGUGGGCAGCCGAUGGAGCGGAGCAGGAGAACUGGAUGGAGCGGUAUGGCCGGGCGAUUGUCGAGUCGCUCAAGGAGGAGUGGGACAUUCUUGUCUUGCCUUCGCAUCAGGAGGUGCGGGACUUUCUAGUGUCAGAAGGGAUCCCGUUCCUCUUGCUCUACCCCGCGGAGGGCUACAAGGAGGUGUGGAAGCUGCGUUUGGAGGCGCAGGGCUAUGAGGGCCGUGUGGUGUCGACGGUGAUGGAGAACUGGGAGGACUGGAUCCGAGGUUGUCGGGCACAACAAGGUUGUCAACACUUUGUCUUGUCGGCCGAUGAGGCAACGGAACACGGUUACAGCUGA